AUGGAUCACAUUGUAACGGUAGGCGUCUGCUACCUGGACACAAUUCUUAGCGUCCCCCAUUUCCCCCAAGAGGACUCAAAGCUGCGAGCCACAAACGUCCAGGUCCGGCGGGGCGGCAACGGCGCCAACACGCUCGAGGUCCUCCAGCAGCUCCUACCACGAUGCGGAGACCAGGAGGACCAAAGGCGCCCAAGCCUGCAUCUCAUGACGCCUCUGCCAGAUUUGGAGUCUCCUGAAACGGCCCAGGUUGUCGACUCGUUCGGCAUCGACAGUCCCAUUGAUUUGAGUCUUUGCCUGCAUCGGAAGGGAAUCCAAAAGGCCGCGAGCAGUUACAUAGUCCGCAGCAAUGCCACCGGGUCAAGGACGAUUGUCAAUCACAACCCGCUGUCCGAGAUGGAGGUGGACGAGUUCUCGCAGGCAGCAGAAACCUGGUUCUCAAGGAUGCAAGCCGAGCCGAGCAGGACGUGGUGGCACUUCGAGGCGAAAGGGUACCGGAGUCCUGAGGAAUGUCUGCGGCGAGAGGCGCCUAGUACUGCGUCACACGUCUUUGUCACCUGGGGCGGACACGGCGCAUCGGCCAUGGCAAUAAAGGGCCAAGACGAGUACCACCAUUGCGAUGUACAUGUUGACAACGGAAAUGACGAUAUCCGUGUAGUGGACACUGUUGGAGCCGGUGACACCUUCAUAGCGGGGAUCUUGUUUGGAUUUGCAUGCCACCCUGACGACUGGGACUUGCCGCGCAAGUUGCGAUUCGCUGUGCGGCUGGCCACUCAAAAGGUCCAGAUGGAUGGUUUCGGCGGUCUGACGGCACCGGCAAGACCGGGUAACGACGACUUGUCUCCCUGA